UCUUGCCCCGGCCCUGAGUCGAUCCCGCGAGCGGGGGUUCCCGGACCCAAGGAGUGUGUGUGGGGGGGGUGCCUUGGGAAUGGUCUGCCGCAUGUGAUGCAAGUGUCUGCUCCCAGGGAAGGCGCAGCCAUGGCCUCCCGCGCGCCCCGCCAGCCGGACGAGGAGCUGGUAUCCGCUGGCUCUGAGCCAGGUGACCCUCGGGCCAAACCCCCUGUCAAGCCCAAACCCCGAGCCCUGCCUGGCAAGCCAGCCCUGCCUGCCAAGCCCAGCCUGCUGGUGCCCAUUGGGCCUCGGCCUCCCCGGGGUCCUCUGGCCGAAUUGCCUUCUGCCCGGAAGAUGAACAUGUUGGCAGGACCCCAGCCCUAUGGUGGCAAUAAGCGGCCCCUUCCGUUUGCGCCAAGGCCUGCGGCGGAGGCCCUGGCUGGGGGAGAAGGCACCCGGGAGCCUGGGAAAGAGGAGCCUGGGAAAGAAGAGACGCCCCCUUUGACCCCUCCGGCCCGAUGUGCCGCCCCUGGGGGCGUGCGCAAGGCGCCCCUUCCCUUCCGCCCAGCCUCGGAGCGCUUCGCCGCGCCCACGGUGGAGGAGAUCCUGGCCAAGAUGGACCAGCCCAGGAAAGAGGGCCCGGCCAGCCCUGACCGCCUCUGGGGCUCCCGCCUCACCUUCAACCAUGAUGGCAGCUCCAGAUACGGUCCCAGGAGCUACGGCAUGGCCCCAGGCCCCAGGGAUGAUGCUGGGACCCUCUCCAAGGAAUGGUCCCAGGAGGGGCCCGCGGGGUCUCCUGCUGACUGCCCCGAGGAGCCCAGCGAGACCCCCGAGCAGAGGAAGUGCCCCUCGGACCUGGCCUUCAACGGGGACCUGGCCCAGCUGGCGGUCUCUGAGCCCGUGACUGACGUUCUCAAGCCCUGGGUGCCCCCUGGUCCAGGCCUCACCUUGGAGAAUGGAGGCACCCCCGGCCUGGGUCUCCCCGCUGAGGCCUUGGGCUCGGGCCCCAAGUCUCCUCACCUUGACUCCCUCGAGGGGGGCUCUCCCCCUCACCCCCACCGUCCGGAGGCCCAGAGCCCUGCUGCUCCUGGGCCUCCCUCCCUGCCUCCUGAGACUCUGGGCUCCCCAGCUGCGGGCCUCCCCGAGGCAGGCUCCCACCACCUGCCUGCGAGCCCAGGGGUCCCAGCCGUGGCCGCCCCGGAGGCCCCCAGACCCAGCAGCCCCAUGGUGCGGGAGCUCACAGGGCACUCCAGCCCCGAGCGGUCCCCAGCCACAGCACCCCAGCCCCUGACGGAAGCAGGUGAACUGCCGGACCUGCCUCGAACGUUUGCAUCUGGGGACGGGGCGGCCCCGGGGAAUGAGGACCGCCCUGCUGGCGGCCUGGCCCAGCGGCGGUUUUCUGAAGGUGUGCUGCGGCCUCCCGGCCCAGACCGGGAGCAGCUGGGGGGCUCGCUGGUCGCCCUGCCCCAGGCCCAGGGGGGCCCGUCCGCCCUAGACCACCCCUUGGGGAGUGGGACAGAGUCCAGCUGGAGCUUGUCUCACUCCUUUGAAUGGACCUUCCCCACACGGCCUGCAGGCCUCGGGGUGUGGCGGCUGGACUCCCCACCGCCCUCCCCCAUCACCGAGGCCGCGGAGGCUGCAGAGGCCGCGGAGGCUGCAGAGGCCGCGGAGGCUGGAGACGGGGCCGUGUCUGCUUGUGAGGAGGCUGAAAACUGGGCUUCGUCCACCCGGGAGGAGGCCGGAGGUGGGGCCGCGUCCACCCAGGAGGAGCCUGAAGGCGGGGCCGCGUCCACCUGGGAGGAGGCCGGAGGAGGGACCGAGUUCACCCGCGAGGACCCCGGAGACUGGGCCGUGUCCACCUGCGAGGAGGCCGGAGGUGGGGCCUCGGAGGCUGUGGAGGCCAGAGAUGGGGCCGUGUCCACCCAGGAGGAGGCUGGAGGCGGGGCCGCGUCCAUCUGCGAGGAGGCCGGGGACUGGCCUGCGUCCAUCCGGGAGGAAGGCGCGUCCCAGCCAGGGCCAGGGUCCCCGUUGGCUGCAGAGGGACCAGGAAGACCUGCUUCCCGGGGGCCGGGGGACGACCCGGGCUCCUCCCAGAGCCCAAUGGGCGGUGGGGAGGACCAUUCUCUGGAGUCCUCACCAACAGCAGGGGACCCACCUGGACCAGCCUUGCUGCAGGUAGAGAUACACGGGGAACGGGAGCCCCCUCCACCCGCCCAGGAGGCCGCCCUGUGCGUCCUGGAGCCUGUCCUGGGGCAGGAGCAGCCAGCGCCCCCGGACCAGCCCUGCGUCCUGUUUGUCGACGCCCCCAAGCCCGGGCAGGCGCUGUCUGUCGAGGAGGACCCCAUGGCCCUGGCCCUGGCCGAGACCACCCAACCCAGGACAGCGGUUCAAGACCCCCGCUGGGCAUCCCCCGAGCCCACAGGGCCCGAGAGCGGCUCCCAGUGGCUGGACGACCUGCUGGCCUCGCCCCCGCCCACUGCACGGCGGGGUGCUCCAUCUGAGCUGAAGGGCGCCCCGACCCCCAGCGCCUGCUCUGAGGGACUCCUCGGCUGGGCCCAGAAGGAUCUGCGGAGUGAAUUUGGAAUUGCAGGAGGCCCACAUCCCGGCGGUUUCCCGCCUUCCACCUGGUCCCAGGACGCUUCUCGGGAUUAUGGCCUGGGAGUUGCAAGCCCUCGAGGGGACCCAGGCCUCGGAGAGAGGGACUGGACUGGCGAGUGUGGCCACAGAGUCGGGGACGGGGGCCCUGGGGAAUGGCCCGGCAGGUGUGCCCUCGACCGUGAGGAGGGUGAGGUCGGCGGCCAAGACGCGGGUGGAGCCGGGGCCCCCGGGGUCCUUGGCGCCCAGGACCGGGUGAUCGGGAAGCCUAGCGCUCCGCAAAGCCACGAGGUGGAACUUCAGCAUUGGGAGUUCGGGAAGAGGGAUUCCCAGGGCACCUACUCCAGCCGGGACGCGGAGCUCCAGGACCAGGAGUUCGGGAAGAGGGAUUCCCAGGGCACCUACUCCAGCCGGGAUGCGGAGCUCCAGGACCAGGAGUUCGGGAAGAGGGAUUCUCUAGGGACCUACAGCGGUCGGGAUGCAAGCCUUCAGGACUGGGAUUUUGGGAAGAGAGAUGCCCUGGGCGCCUACACGAGCCGGGAUGAAGAGGGGCAGGGUCCGGAAUCAGGGCAGAAGGACCUGCUCGGCAGGUACAGCAGCAGCCAGGACUCAGGGCAGCAGGGCCCGGGGUUUGGGAGGAGCGAUUUUGGCAGGAGCGCCUGGGUGCCGGACUACAGCGGCGGCCUCCCCCGGGACUUUGGAGCCAGAGCCCUGAGCGCCGGGUUCAGCCUCGAGGAGGCCCAGCGGCAGGACACGGAGUUUGAGAAGAAGACCCUGGGCCGAGUGAGCCCCGAGGUGGCUGGCAGGGACGCGGGCUGGCCCGAGACCGCCGAGGCGGGGGGCGUGUUCCCCACCAGUGGCCCCCAGCCGCAGGACGGGGCUCCGGGGCAGAGGGACCCAGGCGGCUGGCAAGGCGGCGCUACUUCCCGGGAGGUUGGGGGCCUGCAGGCUGGGGGCACUCGGAGCCCGGGGGAAGCUGACAGGGAGGGGGCGGAGCGGGGCUGGGCUGGAGACUUCGGCCUCGGCGUGGGCACCCAGCCAGAGGCGGCCUUCGGCCCGGGGCGGCGGGGCUGGGGCGGCAGCUUCUGCGGGGAGGCUGCGGAGCGGAGUCCCCAGUUUGGGAUAAUCGGCGACGACAGGGCGGGCGGGGCUGGCCUGAGCCCUUGUGGCCAGCUGGGAGGCGGCCCCUUCCUGCCCCCCGAGGGGGCCGUGGACUGGACUGACCAGCUGGGCCUCCGGAACCUGGAGGUGUCCAGCUGUGUGCGUGCCGGCGGCUCUGGCGAAGUCAGGGAGGAUGGCGUGGGACAGACGGGCUGGGCAGACCACGUGGGCGUGACGGACGCAGGGCUAGUCCGCCGUCCGCAGAGCGGAGGGGCGGAGGCCCCCGGGGGGCUCGGAGUCGGGGACCAGGACUGGACUUCCGAAGACGGAGGCCCCAGGCAGGCCAGAGAGGGUGGAGUGGGGCAGACUGACUGGUCGGGCACGGAGGCGGGAGAGUUCCUUAAAUCGAGGGAGCGUGGAGUGGGUCAGGCAGACUGGACUCCCGAGCAGAGAGACCGAGAGCUCAGGCCAGGCGGGGUGGACUGGGGUGACAGUCUGGGCCUGAGGCAUCUGGAGGUGCCCUGUGAGCUAGACUCGGAGAGUUCUCAGGGGCCACGGGGACGCGGGCUGGACCAGGUGGACUGGGCCCAGGACUCGGAGCUCCGGAACGUGGAGCUCCCGGCUGAAGCCCCGGAAUGUGGCUUGGGGGACCUCAGCCAGUCCCCGGAACCAGGUGUGGGGAAUGAUGACCUCUCAGCCUCCGGCCUGGAGGCCCGAGGCCCCUCAGAGGCCAGAGAGCUUGGGGUCGGUGAGAUGAGCGGGCCAGACGCCGAGGACGGAGACCCAUUCCUGCCACCCGUGGUCAUCUGCCCGGAGGAGGACGGAUACGGGCUUCAGGAGUCCCCGGCCUUCGGACCCAGCCCUGGUGAUUACCUGGCCCGCUCCCCACCCACGGGCUCCCAAGGCCAGCUGGGGGAGAGGCUGGCUGCCCACAGCCCCGAGGCCCUGGCCCUGCAGCAGUCGGCGUCCCCGGGGCCCAGGACCCUGUCGGAGGAGGAAGGGGCCGCGGCAGGUGCGGACCGAGCGGAGACCCGGGAGCCUGGCCGGGACCCCUUGCCGUCCUGGAGGCCGCAGCUGGAUGCGGAGGCCAGCUGGACAGACGCGGUCGACAGCACCCAGGAUGCCGCAGGGGCCAGGCAGGGCGAGCAGGCCCCCCAGGGCCCGCCGGCCAGCACCCCCAGCCAGGAUUUCUCCUUCAUCGAGGACACCGAGAUCCUCGACAGCGCCAUGUACCGGAGCCGUGCCAACCUGGGGCGCAAGCGUGGGCACCGUGCCCCGGCCAUCCGGCCCGGGGGCACGCUGGGCCUGUCGGAGGCUGCAGCGUCGGAUGCGAGGCUGUUCCAAGACUCCACAGAGCCACGGGCUUCGCAGGUGCCGUCUUCGGACGAGGAGGUGGUCGAGGAGCCUCAGAACCGCAGGACACGGGUGACCAAGGGCCUGAAAGUCAGCCUGUUUCCUGGCCUGAGCCCAUCGGCCCUGAAGGCCAAGCUGCGCUCGCGGAACCGCUCGGCUGACGAGGGGGAGCCCUCAGAGGGCAAGGCGGGCCAGAAGGAGUCGAUGCAGCGCUCCAAGUCCUGCAAGGUCCCCGGGCUGGGCAAGCCCCACGCGCUCCCACCCAAGCCAGACAAGUCCUCAGGGUCAGAAGGAUCAUCGCCCAACUGGCUGCAAGCCCUGAAGUUGAAGAAAAAGAAGGUCUAAGAAGUCGUUGAGGUCCUUCCCAUCUGGCAGUCUCAGGCAGUGCCCGUCCCUGUGGGGUCCCCAGUGGGGAGACGGCUGAGCCUCCCCAGGCCACAGCCCCUGCCCGUCCGCCUCGGGGGGCGUUGGGGGAGGCCCUGACAUGCACUUUGUAUCAGCGUCCCAGCUCCCCUGCACCGCCCCUCCCCACCGGUCUUCCACGGUGUUGGUCCCUCGCUGUCUUCCCACUUCCCUCUCUGCUUCCUCCUGCAGCCCCCCUUGGGUUUUCUUUUGAUACCAGUUUAUAGCCUUUUUUAUAAAAGUGUUUGAUUUUUGUAACGGGCAGAGCCCAGCCCCACCCCACAUCUCCCUCCGCCCCUCCAGGGCCCCCACAGAAACCGAUAACGUUUUGCCACUUGAAACAAUAAAAUUUUUUGGGAAU